GAACUCAGAAGAAGUAAUAGCAGACAGAGAGAGAGAGAGCAGUGUUGGAUUGGAGUAUAAACAUCGAUUGACAUUCUUCUCGUGAUUCGCGAACAUUCUCUUCUUAAUUCAGCUCCGGCGGCUACACAAACGAGUCUCGUCUCAUCUCUUCUCUUCACCGCUGAAUUCUUUAGGGUUUUUCUGAGUGGUGAAUGUGGCUUCGCUGCGACAUUAAUCAUCGUUGCAUGUUAUAGCACAAUGUCCGGUCCACUUGAUCGUUUUGCAAGACCCUGUUUUGAGGGGUUCUCCGGUAGUGAUGAGAAAAAAGAAAGGAGAUCUGAUUUUGAGAACUCUGAGGAUGAAAGGAGGUCAAGAAUCGGAUCUCUCAAGAAGAAAGCACUCAAUGCUUCUUCCAAAUUCAAGCAUUCUCUAAAGAAAAAUCGAGGCCGGAGAAAAAGUGAUGGGCGCGUUAGCUCAGUUUCCAUUGAGGAUGUUCGGGAUGUUGAGGAACUGCAAGCUGUUGAUGCGUUUAGGCAAUCGUUGAUUAUGGAUGAAUUGCUUCCAGAAAAACAUGAUGAUUUCCAUGUGAUGUUAAGAUUUCUCAAAGCAAGAAAGUUUGAUAUUGAAAAAGCAAAGCAUAUGUGGGCCGAUAUGCUACAAUGGAGGAAGGAAUUUGGUGUUGACACUAUUAUGGAGGAUUUUGAGUUCAAAGAGGUAGAUGAAGUCGUGAGGUAUUAUCCUCAUGGUCAUCAUGGUGUCGAUAAGGAGGGAAGACCUGUUUACAUUGAAAGACUUGGAAAAGUGGAUCCAAACAAACUUAUGCAAGUUACAACUAUGGAUAGAUAUGUAAAGUACCAUGUACAGGAGUUUGAGAAAGCUUUCGCAAUUAAGUUUCCUGCUUGCACAAUUGCUGCCAAAAGGCACAUAGAUUCAAGCACCACAAUCUUAGAUGUUCAAGGCGUGGGCCUUAAGAACUUUACCAAGUCUGCCCGGGAACUUGUCAUGCGGUUACAAAAGGUUGAUGGUGACAAUUACCCUGAGACUCUCUGCCAAAUGUUUAUCAUAAAUGCUGGCCCUGGGUUUAGGUUACUGUGGAACACUGUCAAGUCUUUCCUUGAUCCAAAAACAACUUCAAAGAUUCAUGUUCUUGGAAACAAGUAUCAAAGCAAAUUGCUUGAAGUAAUCGAUGCUAGUGAGUUGCCAGAAUUUCUGGGAGGUAACUGCACCUGUGCAGAUCAGGGAGGGUGUCUCAGAUCCGAUAAAGGGCCCUGGAAAAAUCCUGAAAUAUUGAAGAUGAUUCUCAGCGGUAAAACCCGGGGGACAAGGCAGGUAGUCAAAUUUCUAAACAGUGAAGGGAAGGUUAUUGCCUACGUCAAACCACGAAAUCCAAUGGUAAAAGGCAGUGAUACGCCCACAGCUGAAUCGGGGUCUGAAGAUGAAGAUAUAGCUUCUCCAAGAGUGUCGAAAAGUUACUCACACCUUAUGUUGACCCCUGUUCGUGAGGAAUCUAAGGUAGUUGGAAAGUCAAGCUAUGCUGGUAGUGGUAACUUACCUGGUUAUGACGAAUAUGUUCCAAUGGUGGACAAAGCUGUUGAUGCUACCUGGAAGAAUCAAGCAUCACUCCAGAGGUCUCAUUCUUCAAAAGGAACACCCCUUCCUGACCCUCCAAAAACUCCUGAAGGGAUUCGAGCUCGGAUUUGGGUAUUCCUUACUGUCUUCUGUUUGACCCUGUUUACUCUCUUCCGAUCAGUCACAUGCCGUGUGACCAAGAAACUUCCUGCAGUAUCAUCUGAUGAUUAUCAGAGUACUUUAGAGCCUACUGUUAAUGCAACAGACAAGGAAGAUGAUCUUCCACCUUCAAUGACUCAAGCUAAUACAGAGGCAAUUCUCCUUUCCUCCAUGACGAAAAGGUUAGGUGAGCUUGAAGAGAAGGUUGACACGCUCCAAUCUAAGCCAUCUGAGAUGCCUUAUGAGAAAGCGGAAUUGCUAAACGCUGCUGUCUGCCGGGUGGAUGCUUUGGAAGCAGAGUUAAUUGCAACUAAAAAGGCUCUCUAUGAAGCUUUGAUGAGGCAAGAAGAGUUGCUUGCUUACAUUGAUAGACAAGAAGAAGCUAAGUUACGGGUAAAAGAAGAAGUUUUGCUGGUGAGUUUUGUUGCUGUUAGAAAGAGAGACGCUAGAGGUGGAGAUUAUUUAAUGUGAUCCGGGAACACCAUUUUUUAAGUGGUUCCUUUGUGUAAAUAGGAGGGUAAAAUUGGAAAAGAGAGAAAAUAACAGGGAUAAAAAAGGAAAGAAAAAAUUAAUGUUAUGAGAAGGAGCAUCAAAAGAUUCAAUUGUCCUGAACCAUAUAAAAUAUUUCGGGUAUAUUUAAUCAUGGUGUUUCUAAGGAGUGUUGACCUUGUCAUGAUGUAAACUCUGAACACUGACUUAGUUUACACUGACUUAUUUUGUAGUUUCCCAAGUAAUUCCCUGGUCGUUUUGUUUGGGUAUUCUUAUGAGAUACCCAGGCAAUUGUAAAAGGCAUUUUUUUUU